AUGGAGAGUAUAAACAUAUCAGAUGUGAAUAACACAAUACUUAACUUAACCCCAACUGACACAGAGUUAUUUCAAGUAGAAGAAAAUGGGGAUAUUAUAAAUGUACAAUUAAUAUUUGAUCAUUCCACAACUAUUAACGAAGAUGAAAAAAAAUUGUCUCAACUACUUACUGAAUUUAAUCUUAAUGCUCUUUUGCCAAUCCUUAAAGAUAAACAAAUAACUUACCACAGCUUACAAUACCUUUCAAAAGAUGAUAUAAGAGAUGCUAUUCCAAACAUCGGACUCAGAGCAGAGUUCCGAGAAAAACUCUUUUUCUGGAGAAAACAGCAGUAUGGAAAGGACGACGAAACUAUUUCUUUAAAUACAAAAAUUGAAAACUGGCAGCAAAAAGUUGAUUCCACUAAGGACAACAGCUCAAAUGCAAGAAGCUCUAAGAUUAAUCUAAGAUCAGUCUUAAGCUCGUCCUCAAAAGGAAAAAGUUUACUUAAAACUUACGAAAGUAAAAACAGGUUAGAAAACAUAGACAGAGACGGGCUUGUUCAGAUUAUUACCGAAGAAGUUAUGUGCUCGGAUAUUAAUUUAAAACCAUCAGAUUUUCCCUUAAUUGUGGAUCAAAUUCUUUCAAUUUUCCCUAAUGAAGAAGAAGCUAAGGAUUAUUAUUUUAUUCCUAGAGAAGGAAAGAAAAAUCCCAGCGGUCGUCUAUACUCAAGAUACGCCAAUUGUCGCUCCAAACGCGUCAAAUCAAGCCAAAGUUCGUGUACAACAAUUACCAAUGAGACUCCUUUUGUCGAAGAUGAAGUGGACAUGUCAAUAUCUGAGGCAAUGAAAACAAGUUUGAGCCGUGACAGCUCAGAUUGGAACUUAGUGAAAGAGAAAUGGAAAAAGACUUUUUCACUCCGACAAAAGGAAUUGAAGCUCAUGUCAAAUGAUGAAUUUUUUAAAUCUUGGCCCAAAUUUUGCGAUGCGAGAGCACCAGAACUGAUUGAAAUCGAUUUCGAUUUUUUGUACCCCAAUAAAAAGCAUCUUUUGCUGUCCAAAUGGGAAAAUUUUAAAAAAAAUAUCAAAAACUAUUAUGAAAUCAACAUCCACAACGAAAGCUGCAGAAAAAGGUUUUCAUUACUAAAAACCAAUUCAGAAAUAGGAAAAGAUUCUGAAGACUUUCUACUAACAAUCCUAUUGAAUUCAGUAAUUCCUCCAGUGUCAAGGUUUAAGGACAAACGAGGAAGCAACAAAAGAAAGGUCACCAUCAGCGAUGCCCAAGAGAGUUUUAUUUUGAGACUUCCCCUUAUAACCAACUAUAAGGAAAAAAUAGAAGAACUGGUGAAUAAAUAUUAUAAUAUCAAACUUACAGUACAACCAUUUAUCAUAGUAGUUGGGGAAGACGAUAUAAAUUUAAAUUCUUUUUUUGUUUAUUUAGAUAAAACAUUGUUUAAAUUUGAUUCUUUUAUCGAAGCUUUUGAUAAUUGCUUCAAAAUUUUCCAAGUUCUAUCGUUAAGUUAUCCAUUAGGAUGCCAACCUAGUUGGAUUUUUAUUCAAAAAUAUUUUUACAACAUUAAUACUCCUUUCGAUAUAAAAUCACCGAACAUUACAGCGCUUUUAUCAUUUUUAAAUUCCGCAAACAAACAAAAUUAAUUAUUAUGUUUGUUUGUUUUAAAUGCUUUAAAGAAUUUCAUAAUGUUGAUUCCCUUAUACGCCACUUUAAAUAUGAUCAUUUAAUAAGUGAUAAUUACGACCUGCAAUGUAAACAAAGUGAAUGCAAUCAAGUUUUUUCAAGUUUCAAAGUUUUUCGUCGCCAUUUAAACAAAUUACAUAAGCUUUCAAAAUUAGAAACAAAUCAAUUGACUCUGGAGCCUAAAAUUGACAGCUGUUCAAAUCAUUUACCAUUAGUUAAUAUAGAUGCAAACCAGCCUACCAACACUUCUAACGCAGUUCAGAGCACGGUUCAUGAGUAUGAUAUUUUAAAUAUUAUAAGUGACCUUAAAAUAUCUGUCAUCAAUUUAACUUUAAAACUUUACGCUCGGACUUUCAUGCCCAGAAAGGAAGUAAUAGAGAUUCAAAAUAUGAUUUCAGUCUUAUUAACAAGUGUGACCAAUUCGAUUAAAAUUAUAACUUCGGAUAGGAUACCUUUUGAAGUACAAACAGAUCUUAAUUGCAUAAUGAUGUUUUGUAGUGACCCAUUUGAAUCAAUAAAAACUGAACACCGAAUGUUUAAAAUCUUAAAGGAAAUGUGUAUUUACGAGGAACCAAAAACUUUUUUAAUAAAAAAUACUAUAUCUCAAAAAAUAUUGAAAGGAAUGCCAACUUUUGAAGAAAAACGCAUUAAUGUUUACUUAAUGCCAUUAGAAUUUCAAUUCAGAUCUUUUUUCCAAUUGCCCGGAGUUUUAGAAUUAACUCUGAAAAAUCAACAAAAAUACUUAAGCCAAGAAAAUCUUCAAAACUUUAUAAACGGCAAAACAUUCAAAAACAAAAAAAGCAAGUUUAAGACUGAAGAUGUUGUCAUUCCCUUUAUUUUGUAUUUUGACGACUUUCAAAUCAAUAACCCUCUUGGUACUCAUACAUCAUCGAUAUGUGCUUGUUACUAUACGUUUCCAUCUCUUCCACAGCAUUUGUUAUCAAAAUUGGACUUUUUGUUCCAUGGUGGUUUUAUAUUAUCUGACAAUUUAAAAAGCUGUGGUAAUGAAAUUUCAUUUCACCAUUUAGUUGAAGAACUUAAAAUAUUAGAAGCUGGUUUAGAUAUACGUAUUGGUAAUAAAACUAUUCGAGUACAUUUCG